AUGAGCCGUUUCAGCGACGAGGACAAGACUCUGCUCUAUAUUAUCAAAACUACCGCCGAUGACCUAAGAAUAGGCUCUUGGAACCACUACACGACCAUUUUCAACCAGUUUGCCUCACGCCAUCGGACCCAAGAUGGGCUGACUGCUGCGUAUCGCGGUCUUAAUAAGAGCACGAUGGAAGCUAGAGCCCGUGAUACGGCAUGGGACGAAACAAGAGAGCAGGUGCGGAAUGAACUGAUUAAAGAGAAGGAGCGCAAGCCCCUAAAAAACCUAAUAUCCCGCUUUCAUCGAUUAGACAGUGAAGACAGUACAGAGGUGGCAUGCCCGGUUCCUAGGCAGGCGCUGUCGCUGCCUUUGUACGAGUGGAGCGGUGCGAACGCAUUCGCAGACCUUGGUGGUUACACACCCUCCCUCCCACAACAGAGCGGGCUAUCUAAGGAGCAAGUCUGGAGAGUAGAGAAGUGUGUUUCGGAUGAUAUGCUGUGGCCUGCAUCAGCUAUAGAGUAUUCUUUCGCUAGCAGUACUACAACUGGAAUCAACGUCGACGACCAACCCACGUAUGGAAACGACGGCUCAGCCAUGUACGACGUGGAGGGUUGGGCUGGGUGUGGAGCAGACACUUCCUCUGUAUAUGGAACUGCCGGAUUAGCCAUUUAUGAAGGCAGUGGCCUAGCCACGUAUAGCGAGAGCUCGUACCCGUGUGGAGAUGGCUCGACCACGUAUACAACUGGCGCAAACAUGUACGGGGCCGGCUCACACAUGUACGGGACCGGCUCACACAUGUACGGGGCUGGCUCAACUACACAUGGAGAUGGCUCAACUACGUAUACAACUGGCGCAAACAUGUACGGGGCCGGCUCACACAUGUACGGGGCUGGCUCACACAUGUAUGGGGCUGGCUCAACUACACAUGGAGAUGGCUUAACUACGUAUACAACUGGCGCAAACAUGUACGGAACUAGCACAGCAUACAUGAACGAAGCAGGAAGCUCAGACAUGUUUGCAACAGACAGUAUAGCUAAGACCACGAUUAGAAGUGGGCCAAGCCCCUUACUCAACACAGCCAUUAAGAGCUACGACGCGACAGUACCUACGUCUACAAUAACGACGGCACCUAUAACUACGCUAGACGACCAAAGUCACUAUAUGCCCAACAGCUCUGUUGCAGACAUGCCUAUCUGCACAGAAGGCAGCUCAGUCGACUACGAACCAAUGCUGAUAGAUUCUUCAAGUCAGUCGUCGUCGUUCACGCAGGCAGUGCCCAUCCCUACACACACCCAAGAGUCUGAUGCAGGAUCGGCAAGUAUCACGAGCACAGUCACUUCAGAGGAAACGGAUGGCCUAAUGUCACCAGAACAACUGUCUUCGUUGCUAGAGUGGAGUAGACCCUUCUUUGCUAUAUAA